AUGAAAUUCUUGCUCUUCACACUGCUCUUCGCCGUAUCGGCGCAAAUAUUGCCUCGUAUCGAGGAGAACUAUGAAGCCGCCCGUUUUAAAGGCGCGCUCUAUCGCACAGCAUUGGAGGAUGAGGGUGGUGACGCCGUGGACUCUUCGCGAUUCGUUCGUGAUCCACUCAUCGGCGACUCCCCUUCUCCCAUCCCUUCUCGCUCUGAAUUCCGCCGUCGCUUCUUUCGGAAUACAGGAGAUCCCUCUCUCAAGUCCCUCCUCGCUCGCCUCCAAAUGAUCGCCCGUCUCACGAACGCCAUCUACAUCCAUCGUGGCCUUACCACCGGCUCCAUCCCGCCCGGCGACUUGAUUCCGGAACUUUUGCAUCUCGGACACAUCAAAACAUCUCUACUCACUGGUGUCAACUCGGGUGGUGUCCAGGACGCUGUCACGAAGAUUCUGAAGAACCUUCCGACUCAACUGGAGGCUGGUACAGAGGUGACGGAGGCGGAGAAGGCGUUGGCUGACAUUGAGAAGAUUGUCAAGGCACUGGAUGGUGUGGAGGGACCGAUUCAGAAUCGGGAUGUCAGUGAAUUCGGCGCGAUGAUCGAGAAGCUGUCGACAACGGAUAUUGAGAUCGGUGGCGUCAGUGAUUUGAGCAAUCAGCAGACGAAGUGGGGCAAUUUCAAAACUCUGUCAGACACAGAUCCCAAUCCAGAUAAUCUUAAUACAUAUUUUGGUGAUCUGAAAAUUGCUCUGGAUGAGGUCAAAACAACCAAAAGCAAACUGAAUGCAGCUGGCCGCCUCUGGAGAUGGACCUCUUUCAAAUCGGCAUCCGACGCGUUGGCUCCAUCGUUGAAGAUCUCUACUGCUGCCACUCUAUAUGGCUCCUCCACCAAAACCAAUCAUUGGUCUGACUACAGUUCCUUCAUGAACAAAUUCCUCGAGAACAUCGCCCCCUUGAAAUCGACACUCUUGGAUCUCAAUCUGGUUCACGACUCGCUGAAGGCUCAUCAUUCUUUGCUCCUCCACAACUUCACUCACUCGCAUGGCCUUCCAAAUGGUGCUCCGGACUUGGCUCGGAUGUUGGAUGACCUCAAUGGUGACGCCUGGCUCAAAUCGGUCGUGAAGACUGAUCUCCUGGUGACUGCGUUCUCUUCGCUGAAGACGUUUGAGAUGGAAUCCAGAAAAGUGUAUCAGUCGUUGGGUGGUCAGGUACUGGCCGAUCUGAAGCCGUUGGUGUCUGUUGUCGAGACGUUGAGUGGAUUAGAGAAGGAUGCAAUUUUGAGAGGGAUCCAGGCUCUUUCGACGCUAACCACACCUGAUCCUACUUCUCUAUCGUGGCCGUCGAAUCUGGAAUCGGAAGUGACUGCAGUCGACACAUCGUUUGGCGAGCUUCAGGAGAAGGUCGAUGAGUUGCUGGUGGCUGUGAGUGUUCCCGAGUUGGUUGAGAUGUGUGAUGCGGUCAUUGCUAUCUGUGAUGAGGCGAAGGACGCUGCGGAUCGGACGGUUCAGGUCACCAACUUCAAUAAUUAUGCGAAAAAGGCUGAGUUGAAAACGCAGGUGGAUGCCAUCUACAAACUGGUUGGUGAGAUCAAUACGGCUCGUGGUGACAUCCAAACCAAGGCUCUGGUAGUCAAGGACAGGAUGGACGAUUUAACGACGUUUCAUACGGAGUUGGGUGAAGUCGGUGGGUAUUUUGAUGGACUUCUGGCAAUAUCCGGACUCAAAUCGGUGCUACGUGUUUUGCCAGUGGUGGAAAAUAUGCGGAAGAUCGAUCAACCCGCCCAGGACUCCUACUCAACUGGCUCGGAGGUGGUGAAGAAGGUCGUUGCGUUGAAGGAGACGUUUGAGAAGAUGGAAAAGUCGGUUGGUGAGAUGAAAGGGGCCUCCAAUCCGGAGACUGACGCCUUGGAGCUCCUGAAGGAUCCUGGUCGACACUCGAAGACAAUUGGGUCAGCUGUCCGUGGAAUCGGCAAAAUGGAGAGUGCCAUGGAGAAAAAGUCGGAGGUCGACUCGAUUGUGGCUGGCUUCGAUGUGGUCAACAAGUCGCUGGAUUCGGUGGUUUCGGAUGUCUCCAAGAUGUACACCUCGUUCGAUGUCUUCCAGAAGUCGGUGACUGUCCCCAACUCUGCAACACUGGCGGAUCUAUUCGGAACAUUCCAAAAAGCUAAGUCGGUCACUGGCAUUACUGGAGAUCUUCAGAAGUUGAGUGCUGACGUCGAGAAGUUGAAGGAGGUCGAGAAAGACAAUGGGAAGGUGCAGAAGUUGGAGAAGGUCCAGGAAUCACUUGCGACGCUGGAUUCGAUGGGUCUGGAGUUCUCUCGGUACCAUAAGGAUUUUGAUGGAUCCAAGGAUUCGUUGGUGGCGUUGGACACGUUUUUUGUGGACUACUUGAACAAGUUGAAUAGUUUGGACAAGUUGGGUGGUGAGAAGGAAAGCUCCUCUCUCCUCACGUUCAUCGCCAUAGCUCUCUUCACUGUUCUCGUCGCAAUCCUCGCUGUACAUCUGGUCCUGUUCUUCUGCAAACGCGACACAUUUUUCAAAAUCUACAAGUGUUGCCGGCGGAAAGUUCCAGGCGCAGCUGUGACUGUCACUGCUGACCUCUUUGAACUGAUUCUCAAUCAGCUGAUGGAUAUUAUCAAACGACACGGAGAAUUUCAUGGAUACGAAGGGAAGACCGAAGAAGAGCGUAGAGAAGAUAAUUGGUACUCGACGGGGUGGACUUAUUUAUUUUCUAUGGACGACGUAUACGUGGCAAAUGAGGCACUACAUUCAGAACAGCGGCUGACUGAGUACAGGUUCGACAUCCCACUAUUGGAAUCGACAAGAGUGGUGCUGACAGGAUACGGCAAUCGAUUCAUAAACGACCUCUAUCACGCCAACAUCUUCAAACUUCCAAACAAUAGAGAACUCGUACUGGCGCAGGGACCACAGAAGGCGUCGGAAGGCAAGAACUCGACGAUCGAAAAGUUUUGGUGGAUGGCUAAGCAGAAGGGGUCGAAGGCCAUCGCCAUGUUGUGUCAGUUGACGGAGAGAGGAGAAGUCCAAUGCGACGAGUACUUUCCGGAUAAAGCUGGUGAAUUCAAAGAGUUUGGGGAUCUGAGAGUGGAUUGUCUCGAUAAAAUGAUUAUGUUGGACGGGCGUUUGGAAAUUAGAAAAUUGAAGGGAAAGUUUGGCAACGAAAAGGACUUCUCCACCACCCACUACUCGUUCAAUGGAUACGGACGGAAAACCUAUCCGGAUUUCCCUGAUUUUUUUGCUCAAUUCAUGAAGAAGGUUCUCAACGAGCCUGGCACCACGAUCGUUCACUGCUCCAAUGGAACCAAUCGCACUGGCACUUUUGCCUUGUCCGCCUAUUUGAUCUACAAUGUUGUUCAGACUAAAGAGAUCGACAUGAAGGCGGCUCUGGUGGCAUUGAGAGACUCACGUAUUGGUUGUAUUCAAAACAGUGAUGACUACGCGUUCUCGUCAGUCGUUAUGUUCGAAUACAUGGCUGAUGGCAUUAAGAUCAAGAAGGAGAAGGUUAAAGAGGAUUACACGGACAUGAAGAUGAGAUGGCAAGUGAUCCAUGUGGAGCGAGCAAGAGAGGAAUCGAAUCAAUUGCAAGCUCCUAAUUAG